AAAGAAAUAGGCCCGUGUGCUUUUGCACAUGAAUCAUGUUAAUUUUGACCCUCCGAAGUUGACAUCCACUCUUUCUUCUUCUUCUUCUUCGUCCGAUUCAAGCAAUCUUCCUCUUCACUCUCUCAACAAGACUCGCCAACUCUCUCGAUCUUACCUUCUUUCAGCUACUAACUACUAUAUACAUAAUCUCUUUCUAUGUACAUAUCUAUACUCCAUAACCAAUUCCAGCACACUACACUUGUAUGUAAAUUUCCUGCAAACUUACUUCCAAUCUCAUCAGAAUCUUCAAUGUUAACUCUCUCAAUUGGUGAACAACGCUGCUUCUAGCUGCUGAUCUGUAAGACAUUAUGGAUCACAAUAUCAUGGUGUGGAAGAAAACAUCUGCUGAGAAGGCCGUUGAUGCAGAAGAUAAGCCAAAUCUUUCUCGGUCAAGCAAUGCAAUUGAGACGGUUCUUAAUGAGAACGAGGUGAAAAAGGGAAAUUUUUCUAUAACUUCUGAUUCCAACAGUAAAAAUUAUCUCGCCGCACAACAUUCGAUACUGGAACAGGAGGCUGUUGCUGGUUGGGAGAAGGCAGAAGCAGAAGUAACAUCAGUAAAGCGAGAAUUGGAUGAAGCAUUACGGAGAAAGUCAGUUAGUGAAGAAAGACAAACUCAUCUAGAUGCAGCCCUCAGAGAAUGCAUGCAGCAAUUACGAUUUGUUCGAGAAGAGCAGGAACAAAGGGUACACGAAGUUGUGAUUAAAGCAUCAUCUGAAUUCGAGAGAGCAAGAAUUGUUUUGGAUGAAAAACUAGCAGAUACCAACAGGAGACUUGUUAAAUUUAGUGCAGAAAACAGUCAACUUAGUAAAGCUUUAUCAACUAAGGAAAAGUUGAUUGAGAAUAUAAACGAACACAGAGCUCAAGCCGAGUUCGACUUCAACGCUCUAGUGACUCGACUAAAAUCAACCGAGAAAGAAAAUGUAUCCUUAAAAUACGAAAUCAGGAUGCUUCAGAAGGAACUCGAUGUUAGAAACGAAGAGAGAGUGUUCAAUCGUCGAACAGCUGAUGUUGCACACAUGCAACACUUGGAAAAUUCAAAGAAAAUCGUGAAACUGGAAACCGAAUGUCAGAGGCUACGUCUGUUAGUCAGAAAGCGAUUGCCCGGUCCUGCAGCCCUCGCGAAAAUGAAGAACGAAACUGACAUAUUUAGAAUGGAUAAUGAAACAAGGAGGAGGAAAUCAAAUUUCUCACCAAAUAAUUCAGUGGACUUCUCUGUAGACAGUGCAUCAGAACCAUACACACCUGGAAAAACUGUAAAUCCUUUUGCUGCUGAAUUUAAAAAUAAAUCAAAUGAGAUCUCUCUGGGAAGGGUGUCAGACGUGGGAAGUGACGAUAAGGUUAGUUGUGCUGAAUCUUGGGCUUCAGCUUUGAUUGUUGAAUUGGAUCAUAUCAGAACUGAAAAACAUAUGAGAAAACCAUCGUCUAAAACUAUCGAGUCUUCAGAUGUAGAUCUAAUGGAUGAUUUCGUCGAGAUGGAAAGAUUGGCUAACGAAGGGAGUGAAACUAUGGCUAUAGGUCAUCUUUCAACUCCUCCCUCUUCUUCUUCUUGGAUUCAGGAUAUAGUGAAGCUAGUGGCAAAGCAAAUAAAUAUUUCACAAAGAAAUCUCGAUGCAAUCAUGGAGGAUAUUAAAGUCGCUACAGAAGAUUUCAUUUGUCGAAAUCAAUACGAUGAUGAUGAUCAUUGGAAGGAUAAAUUGAAUAAUAGUCUUGAUUCUCAUAAACAAUCUCGAUCCACCAAUCACAUUUAUUUGAAACCAUCUGAGAAAUCUCCUCCAAAAGAGUCAGUAAAUGGGCUACAUUGCGAUCAACAGCUUCAUUCAAACGUGGAGAAUUCCAUACACAAGAUAAUUGACCUUUUCACAAGGAUAAAUUAUUCUUCACCGGGCUAUGGUGGCUCGGAAACUCCUACAGGUUACUCGGUUCGUGUAUUUCAAUGGAAGACAACCGAGCUUACCUCUGUUUUACAACAAUUUGUCCAAACUUGUGAAAAUUCGGUAAAUGGGAAGGGUGGUGGUAUUGAAAAUUUCAUGGAAGAACUGGUAACGGCUUUGGACUGGACUAUGAACCAUUGUUUUUCCAUUCAGGAUGUUUCAAGCAUGAGAGAUGCAAUCGAGACGAAGUUUGGUUUGGAUGAAUCACUAAAUGAUAUCGGCGAAAUUAAAAGAUUCAAGGACGAAUGCCGAGUUUUAGAAUCUGGAAACAAGGAUUUGGAGAGAAGACUCCAGAAGGAGACUGAUAAAAAUGGAUCACUCUCAUUCAAAGUUCAAGAAUUACAGAGAACUGUUGAAAUCUUGCAGAAAGUGUUACAGAACACAAAAGAAUCAAAAACCAUGUUCGAGGAACAAAUCGACAGUCUUAGGUUGGAAAAUCGGGAUCUUUAUACAAAGCUUCAAAUCGCAAGGGUUGAAUUGGAAGAGACCCGUGAAAAAGUCUCAACCUUAGAAGCAGAACUGGAGAACAAAAUAAAUUGUUGUGCUGAUCUGGAAAGUGCAUGUCUUGACUUGCAACUUCAGCUACAGAGCUUCAAUAAGAAGGAAAUGCCACGGUAUGAAGAUGACAGUCGACUUGCAACUGAUUUGGAAAUCACAGCAGCUUCAGAAAAAUUAGCUGAAUGUCAAGAAACUAUCCUUAACCUCGGAAAGCAGUUGAAGGAUUUGGCUUCACCAAAAGAUUUAGUCAUUUUCGACAAGUUCACUUCCAAUCCGUCUGAAUCUGAAUCUAUUUCAGUCUCCCAGAGUAGCAGUAUGAACAAGAAGACCUCCUUGCUUGAUAAAAUGCUGGCUGAAGAUAAAGUUUCAGUAAAUGAUCUGAAAUGUUCAACUACCCAACAUGUGGUUAAACAAAAUGAACCAGAAAACGCAAAUGGUUCCACCAAAAGUAUCGUACGUGCCAGCGAAAGGAAAAGUGGUGGUGGCGGCUGGUUGAAAAAGAUGUUUUCGAAGAAAAAGAAACGUGACAGCAAUAAAUAAUAUAACUGUUCGGUAAGAGACAAUUUGGUUUUGAUGAUUCAUUAAUUUGCCACCUUUUUUUCUUAUUUUAUUUUGUUUUGAACAUGAAAGUAAAUAAUGUAUGGAAGUUGUGUGCUGUGUAAAUGCCAAUUGAGUUGUUUUGUCUCGACUCUUUGACAUGUCAUUUUAUUAGAUUUUUGUCGUCUUUCCUUCUUGUUGGAGCCCAUGUGGCUUGUCGGGUAUAUGAGAUUGGAAGAAUGUUGAUUUGCAUCCUUUUUCUUAUUUGGUGACGAGUAAAUACUGACCCAUUUGGAAAUA